AUGGCGAUAUUAAAACUUCUAAUAUUUGUUGCCCUUGCUUGUGUUGGUGCUGAUGAUAUCGUGUGUGAUAUUAAUGCUAUGUACAGAACAAUUGACGGAUCCUGUAACAACCUUAAGAACGGAAAAGGAGCGUCAAAUACUUUCUUUAAGAGGCUACCUGAUGAAAAUGAAAACAAUGUAUUUGACUACGCUGAUGGGAUAGGAUUACCCCGUGCUGCAAAAAAUGGUGAUGAAUUACCAAACGCUCGUUUAAUUUCACAGGCAAUAAUGGACGAAAAAUUAGGACCACCUAUACAGAGAGAUAGAACCAGUCGUGAUUUUUGUUUUCCACUUGAAAUUCCAAAGAAUGAUACUGAUUUACCACCAGGAUGUAUUAACUUUGUAAGAGCAACAGGAAAACUGGAUGAAGAGGGAGUACGGCAACAGACAAACCUCGCAACAGCCUUUGUUGAUGCCAGUGUUGUUUAUGGAAGUACUCCAGAGUUGACCAAAAUGUUGCGUGUGCCUGAUAGCUGUGACAGUCGGGUAGCGGAAGUACCCAUGCUAAGUGUUCAGCAUUUAGCAUGGCAUAGGGAACAUAACCGUAUUGCUUCAGAACUGCGCACACUGAACCCACACUGGAAAGAUGAAACGGUUUUCCAGGAAGCGCGGAAGAUAGUUAUAGCUAUGUUUCAGCAUAUAACCUUUAAUGACUUUCUACCUCUAAUUCUUGGUCAAGCGGCAAUGAAGAGAUUUGAGUUAUUCUCGCGAGAUGUGAAGGAGGGUGUGUUCAGUGAUCUAUAUGAUGUAGAUAUGAAUCCACAAGUAUUGGGUUCUGUCAAUGUGGCAGCACAUCGCUUUGGUCACUCCCAGGUUACAAACGAGCAGAACUUUGUGGAUGAAGACUGCAACACAGUGACUGUCAAUAAACUGGAGGAUGUUUUUGAAAGUCCUCGGCUUACUCAACAAAACUGUGGAGUAAAUAUUCCUUUUAUUGGACGCAAUUUAGCGUGCACAGCGAGUAAUAGGAUCGAUAACUUUUUUGUCGAUGCAAUGCGUAACAGAUUAUACCGUAAACCAGAGCCACCGGGAUCUGAUAUUGUCGCCAGGAACAUACAGAGAGGAAGAGAUUUUGGAGUGGCUGGAUACAACAGAUGGCGGGAAUUAUGCUUACUGGAGCCCAUAAAAUCAUUUGAUUCUUUUGAAAAGUUUGGGAAGGCACUUAAGGAAUUAUACAAUGAUAUUGAUGAUAUAGAUUUAUUCGUUGGUGGACUGUUAGAAAAAGAAAUGGGUUUUAAUGUUGGACCCACAUUUCAGUGUUUGUUGGGAUUUCAAUAUGAACGAAUGAAACAAGGCGACAGAUUCUGGUAUGAACGACCGAACCAGGUGUUUUCCUUUACUGAAAAGCAACUUAGAUCUAUAAAAGAAAACGCACGUGUAUCCAAAAUAUUUUGCCGUAAUCUUGGUAUUGAAAAAAUACAGGAAAAUAUGUUUCUUCUACAUCAAAGCAAAAGGAACAAAAGAGUUGCAUGUAACGAUAUACCAGACAUAGACUUAACUCUUUGGCAGGAGCACUAUUAG